GCUUCCUACAGGCUGCUGCUUCGUUCGAAGUGAAAGAUUCGAGCGGUAACGUCUGCCUCGUAGCUGAUAUGACAGUGGCCUUCUCAGUGGAGUACAACAGCAGUGAGCAAAGAGAGGUUGCACACUUUUUCCUUCCACAAAAUGCCACAUUGCUGCAACGAAGCACAUGUGGUAAACAAAACACAUCUCGAGCAAUUCUGGCAUUGGGUUUUGGAGCAGGACAUUCGUUAAGCCUGCUUUUCAUGAAGAGUGCGAACCAGUACCAAGUUGAAGAGAUACAUUUCCACUACAAUCUGUCAGAUAAAACUUUAUUCCAUAAUUCAACUGAAGAAAAAGUGGUGAAAGUAUCACAGAAAUCUGAUAUUCGGGCAGAUAUGGGCACAAAAUACAGAUGUGUCAACUCCAAGCACAUAAAUCUGAAGAAUAUGAACAUCACUUUCAGCAAUGUUACUUUAGAAGCAUACAUGACAAAUGGCACUCUCAGUAUAAACAAGACGGAGUGUGCUGAAGACAUGGUCUCCACCACUGUGAUGACCACAACCCCCCGGCACACGACGAGCCAGGUCCCAACAGCGACCGCAGCGCCGACCGCGUCGCCCCAGAGCCCCGCGGUUGGGAGGUACAACGUGACCGGUGCCAACGGGACCUGUGUGCUGGCCUCCAUGGGGCUGCAGCUCAAUGUCACCUACCUCAAAAAAGAUGAAAAGAUGGGGUUAGAUUUGCUGAAUUUUGUACCACACAAUACAACUUCUUCUGGGACGUGCAACAACACUUUUGCCUCGUUGACUUUGACUUUUGAGAAAACGAGACUUAUCUUUUACUUUGCGCUGAAUUCAAGUGCUGAAAAGUUCUUCCUGCAAGGUGUGAAUGUGAGCACGAUUCUGCCUUCUGAAGCAAAAGUUCCAAAGUUUGAAGCGUUCAACAACAGCAUGAGCGAGCUGAGAGCUUCGGUGGGGAACUCCUACAAGUGCAGCGCGGAGGAGAACCUCUGGGUCUCGGACAAAGCCUUUCUCAACGUAUUCAAUGUUCAGAUACAAGUUUUCAAGAUCGAUGGAGACAAAUUUGGAGCAGUGGAAGAAUGCCAACUGGAUGAAAAUAACAUGCUGAUCCCAAUAAUAGUUGGUGCAGCCCUUGCUGGCCUUGUUCUCAUUGUCUUGAUUGCUUACUUGAUUGGCAGGAAGAGGAGCCACGCUGGAUAUCAAACAAUUUAAUGACUUGCACUCAAAUCCAGUGUAGAUAAAAAGCAAUUGCAAGAAGCAGA